AUAGUUAGAGAGUAGAUGAAAAGAGUGGGGGAAAGUAGAGUGCGUGCGCGCUCGAGUUGAACGCGGUUGUCAGUGUCAAUUGGUUCGCCGCGGCGACUUAAGGUGUCGUCGACGUGUAACCCGACGUUGUACUCGAAAGUUUUUCCUCGCGUUCCGUCAUAGUUGGAAACAAUACGUUUGUCAUUCGUAUCAUCCCACGUUUAUUCUUGUGUGUUUACCAUCCUUGCUGCGAAAGCAAACGACAAAGCGUUUAUUACAACGGUGGUUCGGAAGAUCGGAAUCGAUCAGAAACAGAAACUUUGAUUUUAAUUCGUUCAUAAUUUUUUGUUCGUCUGUCUGCCCGUCAACGACGACGGGCAGCCACGUUUCAUCGAUCGAGCAAACAAGUUCUUUUUUUUUGGUGAUCCCGCUGAAAUAUCGUAAAAGCAGCGUGUCUGAUUGGUGACGAUCCACAGUGUGUACGAUCGGUCGAACGUGAGACUAAUCACGAGAAACUUCAUAAGCUCACUUUUUGUCGUUUCUGUUCUGUACGUUAUUGCCGAUUAAAAACGUCACGUGUGGUGCCGGACAACGAGAGUAUAUGCGAGAAUAAUCAGAAACGCCUGCACGCUAAGUGGACGGCAGAACGCUCAGAUCGGAUACAUGUUAGCGUGCUUCGAUAUCGGUGAACAUCAGUGAGACGUGCUGUGUCACUGCGCCCCGACGACAACACGAAGAGGCUCUUACAAGAUUGUGGCUCCCUGGAGAUCGGCGAGGAACGCCAACGUCGGGUCGCUAUGAUGGAGUCCCUGUGCCAGGUGAGCGGCACCAAAAACAUUGGCAACGAGAGCAACGCGAACACCAACAACAACAGCAACAACAACAAUCCAAAUUGCCCGGAUCCCCAGCAGAGGCUGGCCGUGCUCAGCUUCGAUCAAGUGAAACGAUUGAACGACGUGAUGAACGAAGUGGUGUGCAUCCACGGGCGUGGAAACUUUCCCACUCUGGAGGUCAGAUUGAGAGAUCUGGUGAACGUGGUCCGCAGCAAAUUGGAGUCGGAUCCGAGCAACGGUGGCGCCGGGAUGAGGGUACGCGAUAUAAGAUUGAACGGUGGCGCCGCCUCCCACGUCCUCGCCACUGAAUCGCAGCCGUACAACGAUCUGGAUCUGAUCUUUGCCGUGGAGCUUUCGAGCGGGCGAAAUUACGACAAGGUGAAGGCCGCGGUGCUCGGCUCGCUGUUCGACCUUCUGCCGGAAGGCGUGAGUCGCAAGCGUAUCACUACUUGCAGCCUGAAAGAGGCUUACGUGAGCAAAAUGGUGAAAGUGAAUAACGAAGGUGACCGAUGGUCCCUGAUCUCCCUCGGGAACUCGCGAGGCCACAGGAACGUCGAGCUGAAAUUCGUCGAUUCGAUGAGGCGGCAGUUCGAGUUCUCGGUCGACUCGUUCCAGAUUGUCCUCGACUCGCUCCUCUUGUUCUACGAAUGCAGCAAACUGCCGAUCGGCGAAAACUUCUACCCGACGGUUGUAGGCGAAUCGGUGUACGGUGACUUUCAGGAAGCGUUGUAUCACCUUCACAAGAAACUGAUCUCGACAAGGAGUCCCGAAGAGAUUCGCGGAGGUGGCCUGCUCAAGUACUGCAAUCUUCUUGUUAAGAUGUACAAACCCUCGCAGCCCGAAUACAUAAAGACCCUCGAGCGAUACAUGUGCUCGAGAUUCUUCAUCGACUUUCCCGACAUCAGCCAACAACGCGCCAAACUUGAGAACUACCUGUGGAAUCACUUCGUCGGCCCUGAGGAGGAGGCCCUCAAGUAUCAGUACCUGAUGUUACUCCAUAACGUGGUGGAAGAGUCCACUGUAUGCCUGAUGGGCCACGAGAGACGACAGACACUCGCAUUGAUCGAAAAUCUUGCCUACCAGGUGUUGUGCCAGGAGCAGCAACAACGAUUGACGAAUCAUCAGCAAGCCCCGCCUGGGCCACCCGCCACCUACGUGUACGCGAACGGUUAUUAUUACGCUCCGGUGAUACCCGCGUGUUACACGUGCACCUGCAACUCGUGGAUGGCGUGCUCGUCGUGAUGCGACAUCGACGCCAACGCCAUCGUCGCCACCAGUACCGCCAUCUCUACCGCUACGACAACUACCGGCACGGUCAUCGACGUCCGCGACAUCUCUGCGAUCAUUGCCGAUUAUAAAACCAUCGAUGAGACUCUGCUUACCGACCACGGGAGGGCCGAACAUCUACUAUUAUCAGAAAUCAACAACGAUCGACGGGAUUGGGAUCAUCGUGGUCCUUGCUUAUUCAAAAAUAUCGAGAACGAUGAUGAUCGAUCAUCAUUGAUUGUUCACGGGCCAAAGGAGUAUUGUUUAGUUCUCAGUUGACGCUUGGACAUGCAUCAAACAUCACAUAUUGACACACGAUUCAAAGUGUGACGUAGACGAGUAGCGUUCUACUCGUUGAAAUGAGAGAAGCGAGAGAAAAUGAACUCGCCGUGAUCGAUUCGAUGGAUCGUUGAUUUGAAGAAGAAGUCGGUGAUGACGAACGCUUAUUAGCGAUUCAGGGAAGACUGAAGGGAAUUAGAGGAACCAAGAAGAUUCGAACGGAAAUAUUCGAUUUGUUACAUUGCAUACGUUUUUUCGUCUAUUCGUGUAUUCUUUCUGUUUCUCCUGGAUCGACGCGUUUAUCCAACUGCAAUAGACGAAUCAGUUGUCGUGGGGGGAAGGACCAAAACACGAUGGUACUUGUUGUAAUACGGUCGUAGGGGAUCAACUGAGAGACUACAAGACUCCAAACGAAACAAAAUAAUAAUAAUAAUAAUAAAAAAAAAAAAUAAAAAAAAGAAGAAGAAGAAGAAUGAUAACAAACAAAGCGAAACAGAUAGAAAAAAUAACAGAAAAUGUGUUGUGCCUAACGAAUCCGAACGAAUAGUGGAGAGAAAUGUAAUAAUCUGUUUGCGUUACGCGCGAUAAAUGAUAGACGACUUUUAACGUUACAUUCUUAUUUGUGCGCGCGUCGAUAGAACGAAAUAGACGCGUACAACUCGCAAUAGUGGCGCGAGAAAGACGGAGACUGUGCGUGCAUCGAAAAAAAGCAUAAGUUUCAAAGUCCCUGGGGAAUAGUAGCGCUGCCGCUCAGUGGCAUCAGCUCGCCAACAAGAUUCCGAAUAAUAGAAGGAAAAUCAACUGUGAGGCGGAGAAGCGACGACUAAUCGAGAGAGAUGAGAAACGGGAGAGAAGAGUAUUGAGAAAAAAUUCGAAAAAAAAAAAAGACCGACGACGAGAGAGAAAAACGAAGGAUAGAGAGCGCCUGGAGUUGAAUCAGAAAAUAACAGAAACGAUUGUUAGCGCAUAUGGAAGCGUCCGUUAGCGUUCCACGGUCGCUCUUUCUUUUCUUUUUUCCCAGACAGAGAAAAACGAAAAA